AUGGCGGAAGAUACCCGAGAUUCCAACAGCGCACCUGAAGAUGACCAGUCUCAAUCCGAGCCGCCUCGAAUUAGGCGGUCCAAGCCCAGGCAUGACUUUCCGAAAUCACAAGUGGGAAAGAUGUGGGAGGCGCUGGGAAACCCCCAAGAACCGGUGAACACGAUGCCUGGAGGAACCUUCAAUUCGGCUGGCGGCAGGCCUGUUGAGGUAUCCUGGAGAGAUGCAUUCAACUUCUCAUACAAUGGGAAAGGUCCUGCGUGGUAUCAGACUCCAUGCGCAAGAGAUUCUUUGCUGGUCGGGAUCGCUUCUGGCGGUGCGGUUGGGGGAUUAAGAUUUGUCCUGAGAGGUCUUUCAUCUAUCGCGACCUCUGCCAAUUUCGCAGUUGCUGGAUUUGCUCUCACAGCCAGCGGAAUGUACUACUGGUGUGAUCGGAGGAGAAAAGAAGAAGCUCGAGGAAUGGCUGCCGCGGUUGUGGGGAUGAAGAUGCUGCACGAAAAGAAGGCCAGAGAAAAGAAAGCCGCGGAUGAGGCCGCCCAAGCUGCUGCCGCCGCUGCCGCAAAAGCGGAGGAGGAGCGGAAACGCAACCAGCGGUGGUAUAAAUUCUGGUGA